UCUUUGCUUUAUGUACUUAUAGUACAAGUGCGGUGCACGAGCGAGUAAGUCAUAUCGAGGAGAAUUAGAAAUGUCUCAAUGUUCAAGCGUCACUUUAUUGAACAAAAGUUUCGUCAUUAUUGCCACUGAUUCAUAAUCAACUUCACCAUCCAUACAUAUGUAAUUUAUCAAAAGGCACACCAAGGUUAGAUUUUUCGGGUUUAUGACCUCGCAAUCAUCAUUAUCAGUUUGUGUCAAUAGUAGUGAAGCGUUCCGUUCUUGGAAGUCAAGAAAAGAAAAAGAGAGAGAGUGAGAGUGAGUGAGAAGGUGCCUUUAGUAAAUUGAAUUCUUUUUAAAGAAAUCAUUUUCCCUUGAUGCUUAGAAUUUACAAUGUGCUUUGAAGAUAGCGGAUGUGUUGUGAUAUCGUUAAACAUUAGUGCUAACGAGGACAAUUGUCAGUCACAAUUUGUUACUCGUCGUGUAUAAAUUCAAGUCCCUCCAAAAAAAAAAAAAAAAAAAAAAAAAAAAUUAAUUAAUUUUUCAAUUCGGAAAAAAAUUCAUAAAAAAAAGAAACAGAAAAAAUCAUGUGGACAAGUUCAAAGUGAUUUCCAUUAAAACAAAAAAUAAAAAUUCUCAGUGAAGUGAAGUAAUACUAAAAUUGGGAAAAAGAAUCAAAAAUGCAAAAUUAUUAUAAGUAGGAAAUUUUUUUUUACUCCUUUAGAGACAUAGGGAAUUAGGAGUAAUUUUUUUUUUUUUUUUUUUUGAAAAAGUGAAUUUCGAAUAGAACUUUUUUUCCUCCUUUUCGGGGGGAGUUUUUUUUUGGAAACGAAACAAAGAGAAGAAAAAAAAUGGCGAAAGUGAAUAACAAAACGGUGACAGCAAAUGGGAGAAAAAAUGAAUCAAAGUGUCAAAAUUUAACUGCUAAAUAUGUACCAGUGUCAAAAUGGCUUCCAAAUUAUACGAAAUUUCAAGCUGUCUCCGAUCUUGUGGCUGGUAUUACUUUGGGUCUAACAAUGAUUCCACAAAGUAUCGCAUAUGCCGCAAUAGCUGGACUCACGCCUCAGUAUGGACUUUACUCGACAUUUAUUGGUGGAUUUAUUUACAUCUUUCUUGGGAGUAUUAGAGAAGUAUCAAUUGGACCAACAUCACUUAUGGCACUUUUGACACUUGAAUUCACAACAGGAAUGCCACUUGAUUUUGUGAUAAUUCUUGGAUUUUUGGCCGGUUGCAUUGAAUUGGCGAUGGGUUUACUUAAUUUAGGUUUCCUCGUGGAUUUCAUAUCAAUACCUGUUAGUACGGGAUUUACUUCUGCCACUGCAGUUAUUUUAAUCGUACAUCAAUUGCCACAUUUAUUGGGACUAGAGUAUGAAGCGAUUGCUGUCAUUGAUAGUUUGACGUGCCUCUUUCGUAAUAUCAGCAAAAUUCGUUGGACCGACACUCUCCUCGGUAUUUCCAGUAUUGUUAUUCUCUUAUCAAUGAAGACCCUGAAGGAUAUUGAAUGGAAAAGUUUAAAGAAUAAUAAAACAAUUGCAAAGGGGAAAUUUUUGAAAAAAAUUUUAUGGUUUUUAUCGACUGGCCGUAAUGUUGUUGUCGUAUUAGCGUCAACAAUUGCUGCAUAUCAAUUAAGUAUUGUCGGUCACGAACCAUUCCUCCUUUCAGGAAAUGUUACAUCUGGCCUGCCACCUUUUAAAUUUCCCAAUAUCACGUCCCAGAUAGGCAAUCAGACUUACACAUUUUUCGACAUGUGUUCUCACUUGGGUUCAGGAUUAAUCAUUGUUCCACUUGUUGCUGUUUUAACAAAUGUUGCAAUCGCUAAAGCUUUUGCGACGGGAGAUUUAGUGGACGCUUCACAAGAGAUGAGAACACUUGGAGUUUGCAAUAUAUUGGGUAGUUUUGUGUCCUCAAUGCCAACUUGCGGUUCUUUUACAAGAAGUGCCUUGAGCAGUGCAAGUGGGGUUCAAACUCCAAUGGCAGGCCUUUAUUCAGGAACAAUGACACUUUUCGCUCUGAGCUUCUUGACACCCUAUUUUCACUAUAUUCCACAAGCGACACUUGCUGCUGUACUUAUAAGUGCAAUUAUGUUCAUGAUUGAUUGGCGUCUCGUGCCAUUACUUUGGAAGGGAAAGAGAUCAGAUGCGAUUGCAUGUCUGGUAACAUUUACAGUAUGCGUUGGAGUUAACGUAAAAACGGGUCUAUUCCUGGGUACAAUUUGCAAUAUUAUUUAUCUACUAUUACAAUCAGCAAGGCCCAAGAUUUCUGUGACAGAAUGCAAGACACAUUUGGGGGACAAAUAUCUGCUGCUUAAACCAAGUGAUGGACUGCAAUUUCUCGAAGUUAAUUAUCUGACGCAAAAAAUAUCAGAAAUUGGAGAAAUUCAGAAUAGCAAGGGAUUACCUGUCAUUGUCGACUGUCAGAAUGUUAAGGGAGUUGACUACACUGCUAUAAAAGGAAUGGAGAGACUUCGAAAGGAAUUCGAGGCGAGGAAUCAUCAACUUUGGUUUAUGAAUAUGAAACCAUCUGUGAUAAAAACUAUUCGCGUUCUGAGUUCAAUGGAAUCUUUACAAAUCAUGGAAACUGACGAGAAUAUUAUAGAAUGUUUUCAAGAAAUGCAGACGAGUAAUAAUUCUCAAACUGUAUUUGCUUUAAGAGAGACUGAUAUUAUGAACAGAAUAAAGUUUAGUGAAAUUGGUGAGAAAAAUGAUUCAAAAAGGGAAAAUUACGAUAAGAAUAAAGUUGAAAGUACAUUUAAUAAUGAAGAAAAAUUAUCACUAAUGACAUCACAAGAUCACAAAGUGGAAAUUAUUGACAAUGAUUUGCCAUCGGCCACAGAAACAUCACAACCACAACAACAACAACAACAACAACAACCGAACGGAACAAUCUAGUCCAUAAGUUUUCAAUUUAGAAUCUAAUUUUAUUAAUUCUUUUUGUAAAUAUUUAUUUUGAAAAUUAACAAAUUUAUUAUUGUAUUGAUUAAAAUUUAAUUAUUUUAAUAA